GAUUUCAUUCGGAUUAUCGGGAAAAACGAAGCGUUUUCCUCAAAUGUAAAGUAAAGAAUAGAAAACUCACGAAGAGCAGAUGAAGUGGAUGCCAUGAGGCACCAAAAUUACAAAAAUGACAGCAACAUUAACAGGAGGUCAUACUGCAUCUGUUCUUUGUGUUGAUGUGGAUAAGACAGCAUCCUUUCUUGCAAGUGGCAGUGAAAAUGGCGAACUUUGUAUUUGGAAAUCGGAUGGAUCACUUCUUAAAAAGAUAGAAAAUAUUGACACUGGUUGUACAUCUGUUUGUUUCUCUAAAGAGAAAGAAAAUAUUUUAUAUGUUUCAUUUGAUGAAAAAAUUAAAGUCUAUGACAUCAAGAACUUGGAAGAGCCAGUUGAUUGUUUUGAAUUUAAUCAGGAAGAGAUCAAUCAGAUUGUAUUGGAUGAGAAAGAAAAAUAUUUAGCAGCAUGUGAUGAUUCAGGGGAGAUCAAAAUAGUUGAUUUACAUGACAAAAAAGUAUUUAAGACGCUGCGAUUAAAGCAUACAAAUAUUUGUUCAACUGCUUGUUUCCGACCACGUAAACCAUGGGAGAUAAUAACUGGUGGCUUAGACUGUAAAUUAAUCCAUUGGGAUUUUUCUCGCCCCAAAUGUGUCAACCAGUUUAACAUGCAAGAAUUGCAGAGCGUCAAUGCCGAAGGUGAUGCGUAUAUGUUUAAUCCUCCCCUUGUUCACAAUCUUUCAGCAUCAUUAGAUGGUCAUUAUUUAGCAGCUGCCUUAGAAAAUGGACAUGUAGCAGUUUUUGAUAUAUCAAGAAAGAAUAUGAGAGAACUGUAUAGCCUACAUGCUCAUUCACAAGGAACAUCUCAAGUACACUUUCUGUCAAAUAAAAAGUUAAUUUCUGGUGGUAAUGAUUGUAGCAUUUGCAUAUGGGAUUUAGAAAAGGCAGACCAGGUAGAAACAGAGUCAGCUACAAAUGGGGAUGCAGCGACCAAUGGUCAUACAAAUGGCGAGGACUCUAGAAAUGAAUCUGUGUCAGAAGCUGCUAAAAUAGCUGAGAUUCAGCAUGUUGGAAAAAUUAACUGGAUGAAACCAUUUAUUUUGGAAGGUUCUCAGAAAAUUGCCAUUGCUGAUCAAUCUCCAAAUGUUACAAUUUUGAAUUUGGAACUUUGAUAAUGUUGAUUUCAGUAGUCAUAUACAUGUAUAGAGAAAAUAUAUGCAAGAUUCUGGCAAUACUGUUUUAUAAAUGAUAAAUUUUACUUGUGAUAUGAAGUUGUCAGUCAGUUCUUGGAAAAUUAAAAAGUACAUGCGUAGUAUGGUUAUUUAUGUAAUUCAUCAACUAAAAUUUAUCAGAAAAGUUUUAACAACUAUCAAAAUUAAAAUUUAGUUGUGUUGUGUAUGAAAUAAACAGGAUUAAAGUCUUUGGUCCGGAAAACAUGCAAGUACAACAAUUUGUUGUGAAAUAAUAAUUUUAAAUUAACUACUGUAAAUUCAGAAAUUAAUGCAUGAAUUUAUUUUUGCAAAUCCUUGACCAUUUGUAAAAUUGUGAAGUCUUAUUUAUGUGAUAUCAAAAAUUUUACGGAGGAAAAACACUACUGAAAUUAUAAAUGUGAGUUGUAAUUAUUGCGAAUCAUAUUCUGUAGUAUUUUUUCACAUUAAAAACAACAUUGCAAUAAUUUUUGUAUUUACAGUAUAUAAAUGUCAUGUCAGGCAAUAUUACCAGUAUGACUUCUAAUUUGCUCCUUAUGUCUUUUUGUUAUAUGUACUUCUGAAAACUAAUCUGUUUUUAUACAUCAUGUGUACAUAUAUAUUUUAUAACCAAAAGGUUCAUGUACAUGAAAAUGUUUGUAUAUAUUUUAAAGAUUUAUUUAUGGAGAUUUUGCUGAAUAUUUAGCCUAACAAGCUGAUAGAAUUUGACUUACAUAUGUAUCUAAAAUUGCAUAUUAUUUUCGUUAACUCGAUUUUUGUUUUGAUCAUAAAAUAAUGUGUGAUUGUUUUACCAGUGCUAUGAAUUGUAUUUAUAAAUAAACUUUUUAACUUUUUAA